AUGUCACAAACAAUCUAUUUAAGAAAUGCUGCGUUAAGAAAUAUAACAAAGAGAACAAUUCGUCUCUAUUCUAACCUACCUUUGAGCGUACCAAUCACUUUACCAAAUGGUAAGAUAUACGAGCAACCUACUGGUUUAUUUAUUAAUGGUAAUUUUGUUCCUUCCGUUAAUAAGAAAACUACACCUGUCAUUGAUCCCUCUACUGAACAAAUGAUUACAAAAGUUUAUAAAGCUGAUAAUGACGAUGUGAAUAUUGCUGUGAAAGCUGCUAAAGCCGCAUUUGAUAAUAAUUGGUCUACUUCUGACCCUGAACUACGUGCGAAAGUUCUUUUCAAAUUAGCUGAUUUAAUUGAGCAAAACUCUGAAACCUUAGCUGCAAUUGAAUCCAUGGAUAAUGGUAAGUCUUUACUUUGCUCCCGUGGUGACGUUGAUUUAGUCUCUAAAUACUUAAGAUCAUGUGGUGGUUGGGCCGAUAAAUUAUAUGGUAACGUUAUCGAUACUGGUAAAGAACAUUUUGCUUAUUCAGUUAAGGAACCAUUAGGUGUCUGUGGUCAAAUUAUUCCUUGGAAUUUCCCAUUAUUGAUGUGGUCAUGGAAGAUCGGACCAGCCCUUGUCACUGGUAACACAGUUGUGCUAAAGCCUGCUGAAACAACUCCUUUGUCCGCUUUAUUUGCGGCUCAAUUGUGUAAAGAAGCUGGUAUUCCAGAUGGUGUCGUGAAUAUUAUUCCAGGUUCUGGUAGAGUUAUCGGUGAAGGUCUAUGUAAACAUCCAGAUGUUAAGAAGAUUGCGUUUACUGGUUCUACAGCUACAGGCCGUACAAUUAUGAAGAAUGCCGCUGACACAGUCAAAAAGGUAACCCUUGAACUUGGCGGUAAGUCUCCAAAUAUUGUCUUCGCAGAUGCCGAUUUAGAUAAAGCCGUUAAGAACAUUGCACAUGGUAUUUUCUUCAAUUCUGGUGAAGUUUGUUGUGCAGGUUCUAGAGUCUAUGUUCAAGAUUCUGUGUACGAGGAAGUUUUAGAAAAAUUCCAACAAUAUACUGCAUCUUUGAAGGUUGGUAACCCAUUCGAUAAGGACACAUUCCAAGGUGCUCAAACUUCUCAAAAACAACUUGAAAAGAUUCUGGGUUAUGUCAAGAAAGGUGAAGAAGAAGGUGCUCGUGUUGUUAUUGGUGGUAAAAGACGUGGUAGCAAGGGCUAUUUCGUAGAACCAACAAUCUUUGCAGAUGUUAAAGAAGAUAUGAAGAUUGUCAAGGAUGAAAUUUUUGGUCCAAUUGUUACAGUGUCCAAAUUCUCUACAGUCGAUGACGUUGUCGCCAAAGCAAAUGACUCUCAAUACGGUUUAGCUGCUGGUAUUCAUACUAAGGAUGUGAACAAAGCUAUUAAUGUCUCUAGAAGAAUAAAGGCUGGUACAAUCUGGAUCAAUACUUAUAAUGCAUUCCACCAGAGUGUUCCGUUCGGUGGUUUUGGUCAAUCUGGUAUUGGUCGUGAGAUGGGUUCUGCUGCGCUUGAUAACUACACACAAGUUAAAUCUAUCAGAAUGGCUCUUGAUAACCCAAAGUUAUAG